UUCCUUCAAUCUUUCCUCUCUUCUCUAUAACAUAUUUUCCUUUUCUACGUCACUAAAGGGAUGUUUCCCCCUCCUCUUCCCCACUUGAAAAUCCAUACCAGACAUAUAGUCUUAACGGUGGAUUCUUUGUGCUUAAUGAAACAUAUGGAAUGCUACUGCACAAAACCGGUUCAUGUGUCAGAAGAAAGAAAAGAAAAUCUCCUGGUCUUCUGUGGCAACCCAUGUUUGAGAGGAGAAGUAGUGCUCGACGUCGGGCCAGAAUGGAAUGAAUGGAGCACUGUUGUUGGGCCAGGCCAGCCAAAAACGAUUGUCUGGUCAUGCAUGAGACAAUUGCUGAGCAACGAAAUGUGGCACAUAUCUGACUGACUUCUCAGUUCUCAGACCACCUCAAGUCAAUGGCUGCAUUUACCCAGGCAGCACAAUGCUGAUCAUUUGUCCAGAUCAAUGGGGCUACCUGUGUAAACACAGGUUAUAGGGCUUGUGGAUAGAGCUCCAUGGUGAAACCACCUGGAGACAGAGGCCUUGUUUACCAGCUUCUUAGCACCCAAAUAAGCAGCAGAUGAUCGACACCCAUGUUGACCAUCAAGCUGAGGGAAGUUGAAGGAAUAAGACCCAACCAAAGGAAAAAGGGAGAAGACAUUGUGGGGAAAGGAUAAAGGGACUGGACACAACCCAUCAUUAUAAGCUUGUGACAUUUUAACCAGAGAAGGAUUGCCAUACAAAUGUGGACCUCCCAAAAAGUGUUCAAAUAAUUUCCCCUUUGCAUCAAGAGGACAACAGCAAUAAUCUCUGCAAUGUCUGAAAACAAAGACAUAACGAGUCGCCACCUGCAGCACAAGCUGCAGAGCCUGGGGCGACGGCUGGACGAGCUUGAGGAGGCCACCAACAAGCUCCAGAAGUCAGAAGAUGAGCUGCUCGAUCUGCAGGACAAGAUCAUCCAGGCAGAGGGCAGCAACUCCUCCAUGCUGGGCGACGUUGAGGGACUGCGCAAGCGCCUGCUAAAGAUUGAAGGCAAGGACGAGGAGGUGUGCAAGGCAGAGGACCUCUGCCGUACGGUGCGGGAGAAACUGGAGGAGGAGGAGAGCUUGACCCAGGACCUCAAGUCUGAGAUUGAGUGCCUGCAGAGGAGAAUGGCUGAGCUGGAGAAGUUGGAAGAGGCCUUCAGCAAGAGCAAGUCGGACUGCAGCCAGCUGUACCUCAGUCUCAACGAGGAGAAGAAUCUGACCCGGAAGCUAUCCUCAGAGCUGGAGGCCCUCAAGGACCGUGUGAAGGAAGUGGACACGUCAGAGGUAAGGCUGGACCGGGCAGAGCUGUUCCUGGCAGGGGAGCUGGAGAAGCUCAAGGGCCUCACUCAGACUUUUGUGAGUGAGAGGAAGAGACUCCUGGAGAAGCAAAAGGAGGAUGAGAAGCUUAUACUAAAACUGACAGAAAAGCUGGAGCGUCAGAACAGGAUUGACCCGGUAGAUCCCAGACGCAUUGAAGACGACCUCUCAUCCGGCCUGACCGGCAAGCUGGGGCGCAAGAAGAGCCUGGACUACCUGAAACUGGGCGACGACUUUGGGCUAAGGAACAAGUCAGAGAAUGAGAAGAACAGACUUGAUGGCCAAGAAGACAACAAAGUCAAGGAACUCACCCAGGAAGUGGAGAGGCUGAAGAACCGGCUGAAGCAGCUGGAGCUGGUGGAGGAGGAUCUUAAGAACACAGAGUCCAAGAAUGGAGAGCUGCAGGAGAGGUUCCAACAGGAGAGAUCCCGUAGCCGAGCACUCAACGAUCAGGUGGAGCAGCUUAGAAUGCAGCUGUGUGGAGGCAGCAGUCACGGCAAUGGAGGACCUAGCAGUUCAGCAAAGGUCCUUGAGAAUGGCAAGGCAGAGAAUGAGGAGAUCAAUGUCCGGGGUGGGUUCAGGCAGGUCAAGCCCAAGUACAGGCCUGCUGCAGAGUCAGCCACCCCCAAGUACAAGAGCGGAGAGCUGUCCCCGCAGCACAAGAUGGAGACCAAGCUGAGGAGCAAAGAACUGAGCAACUCUGAGGAAGGUUCUCCAAAGUCUGUCAGGAGGGCACUCAGUCCUGCACACAAGAGCAGGAGGACACCCAAGACUGGAACCUCAACUUCCUCUGACAAUGGAGUGAAAGAAAUAGGCAGAGGGGUAGAGGAGAAAACAACAAGAGGAGCAGCCCAUACUCCUGUCGGCACAUCUUUGAGUGACCGCAAGAAGCUCUCUGUUCUUAGUCGCUACCCUCCAGCAGCUAAUGACCAGAAGCCAUGGAAGAUAUCUCAGAAACCAAGUGAGAAUGAAAGCAAAAAAAGCCAAGUUGAUACGUUUUCUAGAUUGUAUGUCGGUAGUGACAGUGAGUCGAACAAUUCUGAUGUGGUGCCUGAAAGCUCAAGCAAGAGCAACAGUGUCUCCCCACUUGAAAAGGAUGCAUUUGUGUCUGACCUGGAGUCUGUGGACCAGGUUCAAGAGGCUCUUCCAGUGUCAAACCUCUCCAAAGCCAAUGGGUCGUACAUUGCCUACAAGUCCCACGUGUCUCCAGUGGUCAGUGAUCAUGGCUCUGAGGGCCACUCCUCGGCCUCUGAGACUGAAUCACCUGGGUCCAGGCCCUCGGAACCAGAACCUGUGCCUGAGGUGACAGCACUGAAUAGCAGAACCUCCACCACUCCCAAGUGCUCCAGAUACUGUCGCAUACAGGACUCUCAGUCAGAGGGCUCCUCCACCAGGAGCUCGAUUGACGAGGAGCAGCACAGGCUGUUGGUGGCAGAAGGAGAAUCCCUGGAGCCCACUCACACCCCAUCAGGUAUAGAGCUCCGCAGGGUCUGCAGCCCACGGGAAGCCCUGAGGUCAAAGGCAGUCAUCAAGCCAGCCAUCGUGGAAAUUGAUAGGAAGGAAGUCAUGAUAUCCAGAGGUGGGGCAGAGCCCUUGACCUCCUCCAAUGGCAAGCCCAAAAUCUCCACGAAACCAGUCCUUACCAGUAGCAUCACUAUCUACCCCAACGAUCCCAACUCUUCCAGGACCAGCAGCCGCAGCAGCAGUGUAUCCAGCGAGCCACCAGUCAAGGAACGCCACACGUCCACCAGCAAUAUCGUCAUCGGCCCCAGUGAGCACAGGGGAAGUAUCUCCAACCCCGAGAGAGAGAUCACACCCUGGCUGUCCAUGGAUGGCCCUGACGAAUCAGGGGUGCUAGGGAUGACCUGUGCAGAGACACACCUACUCCCCCGAAGCAACUACAGCCUCCGGUCACCGGAGACCACCUACGACUUCAACAACGACACAGAGUCGGGUUUCGAGAGCAGCAGUAGCAGCACUACCACCGUCACCAGCUGGAGGAGCCAACACCAUGGCCACCACACCUCCCAGGACGACAGCCUCCCAGAGAUGAGAAACGUGACGGUGCGAAGCACCUGGAAGAACAGGGGGGCGGCAUCCGUGGACGAGCCUGGCCGGGGGGCCAGGAUGUACGGGAUGGGCACUGAGGACGAGGCAGAGUCGGCCACCACGUGGAGGGCUUACCGCGCCACCACCAUCCUGGACUCGGAGGAGACGGUAAGCGCCACAAGGGCUGCUACAUCACGGACAGCCAAGCCUUCCCCAGCAGAGGUGUAUAUGCGCAGGAUCAACAACAGUGUGGUGACCACCAGGGACGUCGCAGAGCCAGUGUGCCGGAGCAAAAGCUCCCUGUUGCCCACAGAGGGAGGUCUGCAGAUGAGUAUCCUCCACGAGCCUGUCAGCUCUCAGAAGCUUGUUCCCUGGCGGACACAACCCAUGGCUGCUGACGACACGGACCCCAACCCUGGGUCGUGGAGGACAAGGCCGGCGCCCGGUGACCUAGAUCCCUAUGAGAGGGAGAGCGAGAGGAGCUCCAGGACAGAGGUAGGGUCCAGCAGAGGGACGAGGACCACAGCUGCCAGACCAGCGCUCUUGUCCAAUAGGGGUCAUGCUGGCCGGGUGGAGGGAAGGACCGGGCGCGGCAAUCGACAGUGGAGCAAUCGUCAGACCGACGACUAAACCGGCCAACCGUCUUAGUCUCUCCGCUUCAUAAUAUCCAGAGCUCUCCAUCCCCCCCCCAAACUGCACAACAAGGAGGAAUGUACUGCGUCCCACAUCUCUAACCCCCCCCCACUCCCCCCCAGCAACAGCAGUGGCAGGCAAGUUCCUGCCAAGUCCCUGUCCAGCAACAACCCAUGCUUCGGAGUCUAAAAACAAGAUGGCCACCUGUAAAACCUUCCACCACAACGUCCAUGUAUAAACCCUGGAUGACUGACUGGUUGCUGUAUUGAAGCCACCGCGCAGCCAUCUUGAUUUUGGAAGCUAUGGAAAUGCAUUUAUUAAUGUCUACAUAAGUUUUUGACAUUCUAUUACAGACACCUUUGGCAAUACUUUUAAAAUAUAUUAUGUGAGCUAAACAUAAAAAUAAAAAACUUGUUAAAAAUAUUCCUUUAAGUAUUUUUUGUAGAGUACUAAUGUUUACUCUCCCCACUACAACAACAAAAUACUUAAAUGCAUGUAAUGUUGACCUUAAAACAUUGAAUUUAAAUACUCUAGAAUACAUUCCUAUGGAGGACUGCUCAUACUAGGGAGUGCCAAUAUGGCCGACCGGUGGCUUCAAAGCCUCUCAGUGGUUUAUACAGAGUGUCAGCAAUCCAGGGUUUAUAUAUGUAAUUGAUCUGCACAGACCACUUCAGUUGUAUUAUAAUAUGCCCAUAUACAGUGUCGCGAUGGAGUGGACCCCACCACCAGCCAACGUACCCUCUUCCGCUUCUUCUCCUACCUGAUGUAUUAUAAUGUAUUGCUCCAACUUGACAAGGGAGAGACGCUCACUCGGGUGACUGGGUCUGGAGGUGUGUGUGUGUGUGUGUGUGGGGGGGGACCGAGAGAAGAGGGGAGUGACACAGGAAGGAAGGAUUUGUUGUCUUUCAGAAUGGACCGUUACAAGACCUCACUUUGGAACUUCCAAGCGGAGCUCCCCCAAGCUGCACAUAGAUGUGACCAAAAACAGGGAGUGAAUUACUUUUUAUUUUUAUUUUUUAAAGGUCCUCUGAUCUCGGAAAUGUGUGUGUGUGUGUGUAUAUAUAUAUAUAUAUAUAUAUAUAUUUUUUUUUUACUUCAUUUGGUGAGCUUUUGUCCAUGUGUUUGCUUCAUACUGACAACCAUAGCAGUUUUUGCAGGGUUUUAUUUUGCACAUCGUACACCUAUAUCUAUUUUUAACCUACAAACAUGACUAUCGUCCCAGAGAAUGCAUAAUGUGGGCCUAAAAGAAGGUUGACUGUAGGGCUUUGAGGAAGUUUGCAUGUUUCAACAUAAUGUAUAAGAGGAGCAUUUUGGAGUUGUGUGCCUCCAGUUUCCCAGCAUGUUGUCUGCUUCAAGAACAACAAAGACAAGGACCCUGUCAUAGACCCAUUCUUAUUUUCUUAUAGGCUGCAAACUCAAUAUCCUCUUCAACAUCUGUCCCUAUGCAAUAAGGAAGAUAAUAGCUAAGUACUUUGAUCAACAACCUUCAAAUUGUGGUUCAUUUGGUUACUCAGUAAUUCGCUCCCUGUUGCUCGCCACCGUCUCUUCCCCCUACUCAACUGGACUCUAGAAUUUGUCUAUUGGGACACACAGCAGGAAGGAAGGUCCAUCCCCCUUUGUCUGCACUCAAUGAAUGAUGGAAUGCACUUAUUUAAGCUUGGGGGACAUGCAUUUGUCAUCUGGAACAGGACUACUAUUCCCAUGGUGCUCUGCUUCAGCGCACUUUCCUCCAACUGUAACUGAUGCCCUGGAUCUAGCAGUAAAAUGUGCUGCGCUGCUGUGAACAGCCAAUCAAACAUAGGAAUUCUCCAAUCACCACAAGGAACAAUCAGUCAAGAUACAUGCGACUGUGUUUGCGUUGCGAUUCGUCUCAACUUCUCCCUGUUUCUAUAGAAGUGUAUUUUGUUGUAAUAUUUAAACUGGACUUUUCAUUGUUGGAUUAGGGAGGGUUCUCGGUCACUCUGGCCAGAAACGGAGAUCACUGGGUUGCCAUAGAAACACAACCAGUCUGGCAGGUGGUGAGGCCUGAUGUACUCAUACAGGCAAUACUCUGAACUCUGACCUACAAACUCUGGUAGGAAGUUCCCCCUUGAUACUGGUCAGUCAUUGUCAUUUAGCCUUGCCUGUGUAGUAGCAGCCGACCAGCCGUUUCACUGUUUAGCUUUCAUAUUUAUUUGUUAUUUACCACAAAAUGCAUUUACCUAUUUUUGUCAUUGUGAAUGUUACAAUUUGGUGAUGGGGACCUACCAUUUACAGUCCUUUAGAUUUAAUAGUGUAUUGUUUAUGGGAAAUGGAAGAAGUCAUUACACACAAAGAAUACAAAUAUAAUCACCCCUAACACCGAAAUCACCACGUUGUAUUCCUCUAACCUUGUGGAAAUGUGAGGUGCAAUUCCCCUCCUGCUGGCUACACAUUACUAAGCUGUUGAGCCUAGGCUGUGUGAAUUACUCCCUAGUAUUUCAGUCAAGGUUGGUCUAAAGGUUGUGUGGACAAGUAUAAUGAAUGCAGUCAUUACACAUUUGAAAAGAUUUUCACAUUUGUAGAGAAUAUUUUAUUGAAGACCAUUGUGGUUUCAAUUGAAGAAAAAUCUACAGACGAGUAAAAGACCCCCAAUCUUUUGAAUUGAAUAAUGUUUUUGUUUUCCCCUUCAAAAAAUCUUCAAAGGACCCAUUAAAAUAAUGUUCGCUGCCCAAAAUGUUCUGACCUUUCUAUUUGCCGGUCAGAAGUGCUCCAGCUCGGCAUCAUAAAGCAUUAGUGUUGCCAUGUGGCCUCUUACACGGCUACUGGCCCAUCCUGUGAACAUGUGUUCAGUGCAAACACACACACCGCUUGAUGUUGUUCAGAAGCCCGGCGCUGAUGUGCCAAGGGCUACGUGAUGACUUAUCCACUUCAGAAGGCUUCUGUUGUUGACCAGCUCUCAGUUACCAGGAUGACAACCGCCAGAAGGCCACUCAUUCCAAAUCUGUAUUUCCGACCUCAUCACUUCUUUCCUGCACAGUGGUUCCAGUUUCCCCUCUUCUUCCCCCUCCUCCCCCUCCAAGAAUGCCACGAUUCUUAACGACCGUGAUAAGUAUUGCUAGUUCUGAGAGCCGUUUUACAGUCUGCCAAGGCUUGCCGGCAGACACUGAUAUACAGCCCCCGGGUAGCCGAAAGGUCAAGGCUGGAGCUAAUCGCGUCUUUCCCUUGGACUUUGGGGGUUAUAAAUACUGUGAGGAAAGCAAAACGAUUUGGCAGCGGCCAGCACUAACCCGAAAUGGAGGCAGUUGAUGAGUGCCAGUCAGAACUGGCUCGCGCCGAUGUGUAAACCAAAAUCCACGUGCUGGUUGUCCAUCAUAGCCAAAGGGUUUAUGUGUGAUGCUCAUAUAAAAGUGUCUGUGCAGACUCUUGUUGCGAUUCACUCACUGGGGACAGUUUGAUAGUCUGCAGUUAGCUAGUGAACUCCAGCCCAUCUUAAUGAGAUGCUGAUUUCAGAGGUCCGUGUCAAAGUUGAGCCCAGGAACAUCACAGGCUGUCAUUCCCAUAGACCUACAUCACCAUGGGUCGGUUAUCAUCAAAUUUCAUUGAUCCUAUGAUGCAAGGCCAGCACCCCUGUCUGCUCAGAUAAUCAAGAGCGAUCAUUGCUGUAGGGAGAUUGACCUUCUCCGAUCAUGCCUAAUCUGACAGAGGGAGACUAGGUUUAGACAGGAUAAACCUCAGCCAAUUUUUGAGAUGAGAACUAAACUCUUAACAUUCCUCAUUAUGUAACUUCUGGUGUAAUAAACAUCUGUUAUUUACGAGCCGUUGUUUUUUCCUCUCUUACAAGGUAGCGUAGAAUGUAGUUAGUGGAGCGGGACCAGAGAGCAGAAAUGGCUCUUUGGAGUGACUUGCCAUUGGUCCUGUAGGGCCUCUUUUGUAAGGUGAGGGUUCAUGGUGUCUUUGGACAUCAGAAACGGUAAUCUGCACUUAACCAGCACUUAAAUUAAGACCCUACAUAAGUAAGCCCCCUUUUAGCUGCCCUUUUGUCAAAAGUUGCUUUUGCCCCUGAGAAUUGUAUUCCACUCUUUGAUUUAUUUUCUUCGCUGAAUGUAUGGUCAUCAAAGAUGAGAUAUAUAUAUAUAUAUAUAGUGUAAAUGUGUGUUUUUGCACCGGCCAAAUUGGAAAAAGUUGCUUGGAGCAAUUGCGAAACAACUCGUCUGAUAAUGUGAGGAGUUGUGGACUGUCACAUUUAUUGUACAGAUUAUUAUAAAGUGCUUCAUUUUUUUUAUUUUUUACGAUUGAUUUCCUGAGUCAUGGCACUUGUGUGUGGCCCUGCCUUCUAAAAUUGUGCCAUAAUCAUUCCACAGUAUUUCCAGUUUACAGUCUGAGACAGCGCCAGUGUUUUCCAAGAUGGAGACCCUGUCUCUUCAACUAUUUGUGCUGAAAUAAGGGGAAAUAUUCAAUUUGAGGGUUUCUUUUGUUUUCAACUCAUGUAUUUUUUGUUUCAACAAAAGAUGUCUUAUUUUGGAAGCUGUAUCGGAUAGAUUUUAUUUAACAAAAUCUUGUAAUUUUGUAAAGUGGGCCUUAUUGAAAUAUAUGUAAGAUUUUGUUGUUGCUAGAUAUGCAUCUUUCUCAUUAAUGCACUCCUGGAGAGUACUUCCUGUUUUUUUUAGUUUUUUUUAUGUGAGAGAUGUCAUGAUCUCGAGCUAUGACAUGAGAUGGCAAGCCAACAGAGAUUUGUUGUAGUCUCUGUCGAUUUGAGAGUAAUGUACGUUUUAUCAAGAGCGUGUCUGCUCCGUCCACGCGGUCUAAAGUCAUUCUCCAUGUGGCGUCCUGUUAUUAGCGCUUCAGGAAUCAGUCAUUCUAACAGGUUCUCUGUUUUCUCUCUCAUGCAUUCAGGGUUUAUUCAUCUUGUGUGCUGUAUGUAAGUGCUGCCAAAGAAAGAGAUGUUCAGGCCUCGAGACACACACACCUACACACACUCCAACAUGAACAACUGGAUAUUCUCCACACACACCUACUCACACUCCCACAUAGACACACAGAGGAAUUUUGUCCUGUACGAUCAAGUUGGAAAUCAUGUAUUUUAUAUUGCAGUGUGUUUAUAAAUGGAUAGAAAUGACUCUUAAGCGGCUGGAGGGAACGUAUGGUCGUAUUAAAGAGAAACAUUUAUGAAAUCAGAUCAGAAGGGUUAUUGUGGAUGUCGCUGCUCUGAGCUUCUCUCUGUGUGUCAGUGAUACACGGCAAACUGUGCGGGAUGCUUUUUCUGUCCUAGGGUAAUAUACAUUUGUGCAUGUUUAACCUUACCGCGUUCUGCAUGUAGGUCUCUCCAAGCUGCCAACUGUACAGUGGAUUAUGUAUUCCAAUAAAAAUAAAAAAAACUACCUGUUUGUAACCAUG